AUGACACUUUCUCCUUUAUCAGAAAGUGACUCACCUCUACACGGCAAUGGAAAUUCAUAUUCCAACCCGUUCGAAAUUUCAUCGGAUGAUCAUAAUGUUUCAGAUCUUAAUACAAUAAUAGAACCUGAUGAUGUAGACCUUUCAUCACCUCUUGCUCAUAAUUCUAUUAAAGCAAAAGCAGCUCCACCAAAAUCAACAACUAUUAAUAUUGAUUCGCAACCACCACCUGUAUCUGGGUCAAUAGGUCAAACUACUACUAGACCUUUUGUUAGUAAUACACUUGAUGAACCUGUAUCAGAAACUCUUCUUCGAGAUUUGCGAAACAUUGCAAUCAAAUUGCGACAAGUACUUAAUCCAAAAGGUCGCAGUGAUGUAUUAAGAGAUUGGGAUUUGUGGGGUCCGUUGAUUCUUUGUUUGGCUUUAGCCAU